AUGGACGAAUGGCACUAUCUACAUGAGCGAAUGUUGCUCCUGAACCAACACAUCCUCUCUCAUCUGCUUUACAAUAAAACACAGAUCCGCUACGACUUCGGAAGCACAUACUACAAUUUUUGUCAGCUAAGGAUGCAACCUCGGAAUACGCUUCCAUCGUUGUUGCGAGUGAUGGAGAUGAAGAUCUUUCCGCAAGCGUGUCUCCGUGCCAUCGUGUUGGCGGGCUUACUCAUCAAGUUUGUGUUGUGCAUGGCUCAAGCCAAAGUUGACUAUAUGCAAUCGACCAGAGGAGAAGUUCUGCUGUUCCUUUCCCGGAUAUCUCCAAUUCUUCAAAUCACCUCAACUUCAGUACUAAUGUUCAUUGUGUGCCUUUCUCAGGAUCAAGAUAAAGAA